GCUCUUAUAGACGUCCUGAACGCGUCUCUGUGAACGCCCCCGGAGAGAGAGAUGCGUCUGUGUCAUCGCUGACAUGUUCACUCUAGUGCACUUGUUACGUUGAGGAAGUGGUGGUGAGUGGCACUUGGAUGAGUAUCAUCCGCUCUUGAUUUGGCACCGUGAGAAAACGCAUCAGAUGCCGCGCUGCGAUGGACGCGAUCGGAGUAUCGCACACGGAUCCGCUCGAUGACUAUGAGCUGAUACACCGCAUCGGCAGCGGGACGUACGGAGAUGUGUUUAAGGCCCGUAGCAUUAAGACUUCAGUCAUCGCAGCUAUUAAAGUGGUCAAACUGGACCCUGGUGAUGACAUUUCAAGCAUUCAACAUGAGAUAACCAUGAUGAAAGAUUGCACUCACAAAAACAUUGUGGCCUAUUUCGGAAGCUACCUCAGAAAUAACAAGUUAUGGAUCUGCAUGGAAUUCUGUGGAGGAGGAUCGUUGCAGGAUAUUUACCAUGUCACUGGUCCUCUGAAAGAGAGACAAAUAGCGUAUGUGAGCAGAGAAACACUUCAGGGUCUACAUCAUCUCCAUCAAGGGGGGAAAAUGCAUAGAGACAUAAAAGGUGCCAACAUCCUUUUGACGGAGCGAGGAGAUGUCAAACUAGCGGAUUUUGGAGUGGCAGCUGAGAUCAACGCAUCUGUUGCGAAGAGAAAGUCCUUUAUCGGGACGCCAUACUGGAUGGCCCCAGAGGUUGCAGCAGUGGAAAGGAAAGGCGGUUAUAACCAGCUGUGUGACAUCUGGGCAGUGGGUAUCACAGCUAUUGAACUAGCAGAGCUGCAGCCGCCCAUGUUUGACCUACACCCUAUGAGAGCUUUGAUGCUAAUGUCCAAGAGCAGUUUUCAACCUCCCAAACUCAAAGAAAAGAACAAAUGGUCCACAGAAUUUCACAACUUCAUUAAAACGGCUCUUAUAAAGAGCCCUCGGAAAAGGCCGACAGCAGAAAAAAUCUUACAGCAUGCCUUUGUCACGCAGCUCCUCACACGUAACCUUGUUAUAGAGCUGCUGGAUGCAGUCAAUAACCCUGAUCUGCAACAGACACACACUAUGGAUGAGAGUGACCUGGAGACAUGCAGUGUCCUACCUGAUAAGAUUCAUUCCCUAGCGAAACGUCCCAUUCAAAGAACUCGGUCUGAAGAGCAAUUCGGUCACGUGAAGUUUGGACCACCCAUGAGAAAGGAGACGGAUCCCUGUCCUGAUCUGGGGGCGUAUGAGGACUGGAGCUCUAUCAGUGCGGACAAGGACUCACCGAGUUUGUUAGAGUGUGUGGAAGAGGCCUUGAUGGAAAGGAGUUUGACUAUAAAGAGAGGCUCUUCAGCGGAGCUCUCACCGGAUGAAGAGGAUAAAUAUGGGACAGUGAAGAGAGUGGUGUCUUCAUCCCAGUCAACAACUACAACAACCAAUCAAGAGAGAAAAGCCCCCACUCCCUGUUCCCUCUCCUCGCCUCUCAUUGGCUCCACGCCUCUGAAGGGCCCCGUCCCUGACUCUAACCCCGCCCUAGUCAAUGAAUCCACUUUCCUGAUUGGUUCAACACUGUCAGAUCUGUCACUCCUCACAAACUCUUCCUUCUUCAGUGAUUCCACCAGUCUAGGUUCCCUUUGUUCAACACCAACUGAAGGUUUGAUAGCAGAGAGCUCUGUCACUCCAGACCCAGGAGGAACCAGGAGUCAUUUUCCCCCAAAUGACCCCCCUCUCUCUCCAGAAUGGAGCACUCUCAGGAGGAAACCGGAUGACUCCAAAGUUGUCCAUGGACUGCCACCUACACCACAAGUACAUAUGGGGGCCUGUUUCUCUAAAGUAUUCAACGGCUGUCCGUUAAAGACCCAAUGUGCUGCUACAUGGGUUCUUCCAAAGACUAGAGAUCAGUACCUUAUGCUGGGUGCUGAGGAGGGCAUCUACACUCUCAACCUCAAUGAGCUCCAUGAGGACACCAUGGAAAAGUUGCUUCCUCAGAGAUGCAGUUGGUUGUACGUGAUGAACAAUGUCCUUAUGUCCAUCUCAGGAAAGUCAUCACAGUUGACUUCUCAUAGUCUGCCGGCCCUCUUUGAGUACCGCAGGAAUAUGCAGCGUAGACAGGGGCAUCUGGUGAUGAACGCGCACCGCUUGAGCACAAAGAUAAGCGCAAGGAGGUAUGCCAUGUCAGUAAAGAUCCCAGACACCAAGGGCUGUAGAAGAUGCAGUGUGGUUCGAAACCCCUACACUGACAGCGUUUUCCUUUGUGCUGCUGUUCCCACUGGUUUGGUUCUUCUAAUGUGGUAUGAACCUCUGCAGAAGUUCAUGCAGCUCAAGCACAUUGCUCUGAAUUUGCCAGAGUCUCUGCCUGUCUUUGAGCUGCUCGUAAACGAAACAGAGGAGCUGCCACAGGUCUGUGUGGGGGUGAGAAGCCAUCCCUGCCAAAAAGACAACACUGGACAGAUGUACUUUGACAUCAUUCACCUGGAUGACACACCACAAAGUCUACCAGAUGGCGAGUCUUUGGAGGUCAAACAAGUGAUUCAGCUCGACAGGGACACAGUUCUCAUAGCACUGAAAAACACGGUGAGGGUUGUGAAUCUCCAGGGAUAUCUGAGCCAUCAGAAGACCUCUGAACUUGCUUUUGAGUUUCCCAUUCAGACACUGGUGUGUCUACAGGACAGUGUUCUUGUCUUCUGGAAACAUGGUCUGAAAGGAAGGAGUUUACAAACGAAUGAGGUUACCCAGGAGAUCACAGACAGAAGUCGGGUUUUUCAAGUUUUGGGAACAACUAGGGAUAUUAUCUUGCAAAGCACUCCUACGGAUGAUCCGUCUGCCAUGAGCAACCUGUACAUCCUCACUGGGCAUGAAAGCAGCUACUGAUGGGACUGAAAUGCUCAGAAUGUUCAGCAAUAGCUGGAAACACUACAAAGGUUCCCUACUGAAAGGGUGGAGUCAUCAGGCCCAGAAAGCUCCAGGAACAGAGGAAGACAUGAUGACGUCACAUACACAGGCCUCCAGAGGCUUUGAGGACUGGAGGCAGAAUUGGAGUUGACGUGGAGGAACAAAGAUCAACCAUGAGAGAGUGACCUGUGGACCUGCAUACUGUGUUGAAAUAACUUGUGAAACAGGCUGCUAUGGGUUCUGUUUAAUACUAGACACUCUGUUGUAUUCCUUGUUUCAGGAAAUAUCAUGUCAUAUCAACACGUUUUGGUGCAGAGGUUCAGAACUAUCUUCCAUUGGCCGGUAAAUUAGUUGAUGGAAUCCUGUCAACC